UAGUGAUAAAAGUUAGGAAGAAAAAUAAGGCAGGGCAGAGGCAUGGCAGCAGGGGCCGGGUGCUGUCUACAUAGGGUUAGGGAAAAACCACUUUGAGGGAGUGCCAUGUGAGCUGAGUGAGGAAGCUAGCUUUGUGGAUAUGGAUGCCUUUAAAAUUUUCCGUACUUUUUCUUUCCUACACUAAGGAUGCAAUACUUGCAUAAUCAAACAAUAACAACAACCACAAGAAAGGAUUUUCUAUUUCAGAAAAAGAUCUGGAGCCUCAUAUCUCCAAGGGGAGUAAGAAGAGGGUGGGAGCAGGUCCAAAUGCAUAGAGCUUCCCCGACGCGGCCCGCCUGCUUUAGAUUCUCCCCAGCCUGGAGAGCCCCGCUGUCCUUCAGUCAGAUCUGCUGGUCGGGGUCAGCGUCCCCGACGGUCGCGUCCUGCUGAGAGACCCUAGCCGACCCUCGGGAACAGAGGAUCGCCGCAGGAGGUUCCCCGCCCCUCACUGGACUGCAUUUCCCAGCAAGAUCCGCGCCCUGCUAGAAGCGGCUAAAGACUACUUGGGUGGGUGCGGGACCCCAAAAGCUAUAAACGAGUCUCCCAAGGCUGAGUUCCAGCUCCUGGACCACGGCCCCCUCAGCUCUCGACCCACUGUGUAGCGGAAAGAGCAGGGGACGGAAGGAAGAGUCCACGCCCGAGCAUCCCUUGCGGCGGAGCAGGCAAUCCACUCGUAGCUGGGCCCAGCGACGUCUCUACCCAGCAGGCCAGCCUUGGCUUUUCCUUUUCACGAAUCUAGGGGCAGACCUCAGCCUGGGGGCACGGGUGUUGACGCGCAUGACGUCACUGCCUUCUGAUUGGCCAUCCCUGGACAUUCUCACCGUUCAUUGGUCAUCCUUCAGGGAGAAGGCCGGUAUAGUAGGCGAACGGCCUCCUGGGGAGAGUAGUCGGGCGUGCUUGUCUCGGCGCAUGCGCCAUGUCGUUUCCCGGCGAGCCCCGCGCGAAUUUCCGGCACCGAUACCUGGAGGCGGAAACUGGGAACGCCUGGGCGGCUGUGGGCGGUGUGAGCCUUGGGGGGCGGGACAGGCGACGCGGCCCGCCUGGCUCCGAGGUCGAGUGUAGGGCUCCGGGCGGCCGGGGCCGGCGCCCGGAGGCAGAGGCCGAAGGAGGCGCGCACCUCAGGGAGGUGCAGGGGAGAAGCCUGGGGCGCCGCACCCGCUGCCCGCCCCUCCGCCUCUCAUCUCCGCUCAGGCAAGGCUGCUGGGAUCGAGCGCGGGGCUCUGGCCGGGUCCGCGUUCCCGACUGCCGAGUCCUACUGAGCGACCCUGGAGUGCCUGUCCAGAUGCCAACCAAGCUGCCACUGGGGAUCCCUCUGGGAGAUUGAAGGCCCAGGUUGAGGCUGACCAGCCCUGAGCCUUAGGCCAGGGGAAUGGCAGCCCCCCCAGAGCCUCAGGACCAGGCCCCUGGGGAGGGAGAAGGGCUUCUGAUCGUGAAGGUAGAAGAUUCCUCCUGGGAGCAGGAUGCUGCCCAGCAAGAGGACAGCAGGGAUUCAGAGGCGUGCCGCCAGCGCUUUCGGCAGUUCUGCUAUGGGGAUGCAGGCGGACCCCACGAGGCCUUCAGCCAGCUCUGGGAGCUCUGCUGCCGCUGGCUGCGGCCCGAGCUGCGCACCAAGGAGCAGAUCCUGGAGCUGCUGGUGCUGGAGCAGUUCCUGAGCGUGCUGCCCGUGGGCGUCCAGGGCUGGGUAUGCGAACGAUGCCCGGGGAGUGGCGAGGAAGCCGUUGCCUUGGUGGAGGACCUGCAAAAGCAGCCAGUGAAAGCUUGGCCACAGGACGUGCCCUCAGAGGGGGUGGAACCUGAGGCUGCAGUCCAGGGAUCUCAGGCCCAGGGGCCUCCCCGGAAGGCAGGGACACGAAGCCGACCACCUGUACCCUGGGAGCAGCACAGCCAUGGUGCCCAGCUUCCGGCUCUUCUUAAAGAGGGGAGCACCAGAGAGACGACAGAUACCUGCUUUGCCUCUGGGGGACCUGUGACAUUUGGAGACAUUCCCUUCUAUUUCUCCCGGGAAGAAUGGGGGUCCCUGGACCCUGCUCAGAGGGAUCUCUUCUGGGACAUAAAAAGGGAGAACUCCCAGAACGUUGCCCUGGCUCUGUCCCUGGAACCGCGUGGCACUGAAGAGGCCGCCUCCUCCCCGCUUGCAGGUUUGGGACUCACGAGCCACAGCGAGAGAUCCCGGCUGGAGGAGGUGGUGACGGCGCUCCCGGGCCAGGCUGCUGGCGACGUGACCGUGUCCUGGAGGCUGGAGGAGGCCGAGGCCCGGCCGGGGGCGCCCCGGGAGCGGGCAGCGGGGGCGCGGCGGGGGCGGCCGCCCACGCGUCGGCGGCAGUUCCGGGACCUGGCGGCCGAGAAGCCGCACAGCUGCGGCCAGUGCGGCAAGCGCUUCCGCUGGGGCUCCGACCUGGCGCGCCACCAGCGCACGCACACGGGCGAGAAGCCGCACAAGUGCCAGGAGUGCGACAAGAGCUUCCGCAGCUCCUCGGACCUGGUGCGCCACCAGGGCGUGCACACGGGCCAGAAGCCCUUCUCCUGCUCCGAGUGCGGCAAGAGCUUCAGCCGCAGUGCCUACCUGGCCGACCACCAGCGCAUCCACACGGGCGAGAAGCCUUUCGGCUGCAGUGACUGCGGCAAGAGCUUCUCGCUGCGCUCCUACCUGCUGGACCACCGGCGAGUGCACACGGGCGAGCGGCCCUUCGGCUGCGGCGAGUGCGACAAGAGCUUCAAGCAGCGCGCCCACCUCAUCGCCCACCAGAGCCUGCACGCCAAGAUGGCCCAGCCUGUGGGGUGAGGGCCGAAAGGGCGGCCCAGGCGGGGUCCCCACCCGGCCCAGUCCACCAUCUCUGCUGCCAGCAAGACUGCAGGGUCCCCCCACGUGCAGAACCCAUCAGCCCUGCCCGCCUGGGGACCUGGCCAACGCCCCCCAGGCAUGGAAUCCCCUGUGACCUCGUGGCCAUAUCCCUAACUGCUCUGGGGUUUUUCUUGCCCCCUGGUUUCCUGGAGCCCCGGCACAUUCCAGGCUGGUGGCGUGAGCACAGGGGAGAAACUGGGGCACAGGGAUGUAUGAGGACUCGGGCAGGCCUGGGGUCUCCAUCCCAGAACCCCGUCAGCCUUGCUUGGCCCCAUCGCUCUCUGUUCCCGGCCUUCUCGUCUGGGUCCAUGGGCUGGGCCUUCUGUCCUGCCAGCCUGUGCCUUCCCACGGGGUUGAAGGCUAAGCCUCAGGGUGCUGCUGGGCUCUGGGAGGGUCAGUCAGCCCACACCCAUGAGGACCUGGGUCCUGGGUGCGGCCACAGGGGCUUUCUGGCCUCCACCCCUUCCCAUUUCCAGACAUUGACCGCUCUGCCCUGUCCCAGCAGCAUGCGAGCUGCCUGCCUCUGCCCUCAGCCACCUCGCCCCCAGCUGAGCUCCCAAGAGUCACUCUCCACCAGUCUGGCUCCGGGGACAGAGGCCAACUGUGCAGACCAAGAACAGGGCCAGCGGAGGCCCGCUCCCCCCACUGCUCCCCAGUCUCCUGGAGUCUCGGGAGUUUAUGGUACUUAACACUAGCACUCCAUCAGCACCUUGUCACUAACUCCUGAGGCGCUGUAUUCCCUGCAGAAGGGCAUUCACAGGGACAGACCACAGGCCCUCCCAAGGAGCUGGCCCAGCUGGCCUCAAAGGGCAGCAGAAAGGUUGAAUAAACAUGAAAACUUC